CGAACNCGAGCGGAAGGAAGGCGGCGCGUCGCUGAUUACGUAAGCGACUGCGGCCCUACAGUUCCACUGGCUCGUGUGUACGAAGCUGCCAGCUUGCAGUUCGGGGCUGGGCUCCUGUAGGACCUGCGAUCCCAGCACCGACGCCAGCUACACCCAGCUGCCGCCUGAACAUGGACUCUGCUAGCCAAGAUAUCAACCUGAAUUCUCCUAACAAAGGUGUGCUGUCUGACUUUAUGACUGACGUCCCUGUUGACCCAGGUUUGGUCCACAGGACUCCAGCUGUAGAAGGCCUGACAGAGGGGGAGGAAGAAGAGCUUCGGGCUGAGCUUGCUAAGGUGGAAGAAGAAAUUGUCACUCUGCGCCAGGUGCUGGCAGCCAAAGAGAGGCACUGUGGAGAGCUGAAAAGGAGGCUGGGUCUCUCCACAUUAGGGGAGCUGAAGCAGAACCUGUCUAGGAGCUGGCAUGAUGUGCAGGUCUCUACUGCCUAUGUGAAAACGUCUGAGAAACUUGGAGAGUGGAAUGAGAAAGUGACGCAGUCUGACCUCUACAAGAAGACUCAAGAAACUCUUUCACAGGCUGGACAGAAAACAUCAGCUGCCCUGUCCACCAUGGGCUCUGCCAUCAGCAGGAAGCUUGGAGACAUGAGCAGCAGCUACUCCAUCCGCCACUCGAUAAGUAUGCCUGUCAUGAGGAACUCAGCCACCUUCAAGUCAUUUGAAGACCGAGUGGGGACCAUAAAGUCUAAGGUUGUGGGUGGCAGAGAGAAUGGCAGCGAUAACCUCCCUUCCUCACCUGGAAGUGGUGACCAGACAUUGCCGGAUCAUGCACCUUUCUANGCCUGUCCUAGCUUGCCAGCCACAGAGUACAGAAGCACACCCUCAUCAUCACAGCUGCAACUCUGCAUGACAGAGCAACCAGUCAGAGACAGUGAAGAGCUGGUUUUGAAGACAGUCAUACCCAUGUUCAUGCAGAUGUGGCUGCCUUGGCAUGAAUUAGAGAACAGUCUUGUACAUAAAUGUUUUACACUAAAGUUCGUAGAUGAAGCAGACCACUGUGCCAUCCUUUCAAGGGCCACAGGAAAUGGACAGGGUGGCGGGGCACUGAGGCCUGAGGAGCGCUGAACAGGAGCCCUGCUCCCUUUGAAGGUCUCAGCAGAGUGCUGAGGGGAGAAGUGUGAGUAUUGAGUGAACAGUAUUUCCUUCCUGACCUCCUCCCCUAGCUCAGGAGGAAUACACUCACCUAGGUAAUAUCGCAUGGUUGCAGUUGUCAUACAGACUGAGAGAGUUGCCUAUUUUCUGAGACCCUAGAAAGGAAACAUAGCACCUGCUUCAUUCUUACACUAACAACCUGGCUUUGGCAGAAGCAGAUUUACUAUUUUUUAAAUGUGAUAGCCUUUUCAAAAAUUAAAUAGGAAAAAAAAGUGAGGCAAGACAGCUUUAGCCUCAUUGUUGAAUAUUAUUUCUUUGAAUUCAAGCUGAAACUCAAGCCUUACAUUGCCUUAUGCUUUGUUUAUAGUCUUUUUAUAUAUCUAAAUAAAUGAAGGUUCUUUAAUGGGUUAUGAUACAAUGUAGAAUUUUAUUCUAGCCCAUCUCAUACUCCUGCCAGUACCAGUUAUUACAUUUUCUUUCUUUAAUACUUUCUCCUGGUGUGCAAAACUUGAUUCUCUUAAGGAGUGGCAUUUUCCAAUAGCUUUCCACUCUGACCCACAGGGCUCUUGUGCUGUAGGUCAAGAGAGCUGAAAGAAGAAAAAAAAAAGCCUUUAUCUUUAGCACCUGAAUGGGAUGUGCUCUGCACAGUGUUGCUUUACUGACAGUGGGCAGGGCUCUGGUCCAUAGUCUCUGCCUGUUUAUUACAAGGAGAAUAAAUGAACCAACCUUACAGAUCGGGUAGGGGAUGUGGUUUUGGUUCAGCCAGAACUCUGCUGUUAUCUUUUCUCAGGAGCUUCAAAGAUUUCUAAGUUCUUUCCUCCUGCUUCUAAUUGCCACAUUCUGCAGCCUCUCAAUACCAGGGCCCUGUGUGUUGAGAGUCAUGAUUUGGAGAGAGGGGCAGCACUGUGCCUUAAUGGCUCUUAGCAGGGCAAAGACUUUAUCUGUUUGUACACAUCUCUGCACUCCUAGGGUGAGGUGGGAUUUGUCCAUUUUAGUUUCUGGUUUGACACAGUGUGAGGUGUCUUGAUUAUCAAGUACUCCUGGUUUCUUUGGACACCCUUAGAAUACUCUACCACACAAAGCAAGGAACAGCGAAUAAAUGNGGAACUGAAGAAGAGCACACCAUUGGUGUCGUCUUUUCCAGGGUUAAAAACAAUAGCUGUGUGAGGGAACACAUUACAGGAGUGUAGGUCACUGAUGUAUCUUCCUACAAAUAUUAGAAGGCAACUUGCAAUAAAGCAUUCCUUUGGAGGAAAAUCCACAUCCAUUUGUUUGGUCUGUCUUUUAGGAUAAUGACAAGAGAUCAGAGUAAAUGCAUAUGAUUCCUUGCUUUGAAUGGGGACAAGCAGGAGACAAUCAUGUAUAAAUUACAAGUCUUUAGUGUGCAUAUAAAAAAGGAGGGAAUUGUAUAGAAGCUGUAUCUCUGGAUAAGACCAAGAAUAUAUACCAGGCGUGCAAUGUAGGGGUUUACAGUCCAUUAUCAAGAUUGGCUACACUGAAGAGGCCUUUUUGUCCCAGUAAACAUCUAGUUUUGCUGACUUUUGCUAUGAAGCUAUGCCAGGAGCUCACCUGGCAGAAGAAGGCAUUAGGAAGACCAGCAUCAGACCCACUGAGAGAAGACUGUUACCCCAUGGUACAACAAUCCUUAGGAGGUAUGCUCUUAUUCUGCAGAUGAGGGGCCAUGUGAAAUAAUGAGUAAUUGAAGACCCUUAAGUGCGUAUCGAACAGGGUAAGUUGGAGUUGUGGGCCAGAUUAGAAGGGCUAAGUGGUAUGGGUGGGAUGGGGAAUGGCCCUCGCACUGGGCAAGCCUCGACCACAGGGCAANAACUACAUCUGGGCUAGAAAGUCAAUAUUUGCACUAGAUGAUAUUGGAAGGCAAUUCACUAUGCUCCAGUCAUUAAGCAAAUACUAUAACAUGCUCUGUGGAUGAGAGGUUGCCUACUGGGCUUUGUGGGUCCAUGACUGUGUUCAUGGACCCAGGCCUCAGGACUGUACUCCUUAAAGAAGAUGUGUUCUUCCUCACAACUCUGGUACUCAUCACAUGAGGUGUGAUGAAGGUCUCAGUACUGUAGACUGGAGCAAGCUGAACAGGUAGAGCCAGGGCAUGUUGGAGGGUUUGUACUAGGGAAGACUCCAACUGAGGAUGGUGGAAUCUGCCUAAUUGAUAUAAAGGGACAAGAUAAAGCUUAGCAUCAAAGGCAAAACCUGAAAACCCCUCAAAUAUGUAACUGCCACCAGAAUUCCUGUCAUACAGUCUCUUAAAGGUUGACAUACUAGCUUGGCAUAGUGGCAUAUACACCUUCAGCACUUAGGACGCAGAGGCAGGUGGGUGUCUGUGAGUGUGAGGCCAGCCUGGUCUAUGAAGAGAGUUCAAAGACAGCAAGGGCUACACUAAAAAACCCUGUCUAUAAAUCAAGGUUACAUUUAGGUUAUAAACAAACAAGCUUGC